AUGACUAUAUAUAUCUGCAAAAGUCUCAUCUCCCUCUCCCUCAAGAAUACUUCACAUCUCAGCAAAACCCCAAUCUCUCUUUUCUCUCUCCUCUUCUUCUCUUCCUCUCCAGAAACCCCCAUUACGGUGGCCGAUUUCUUGCUUGAUAGAUACAAAUUUUCUCCUGAAACUGCUUUGAAAGUCUCUUCCUUCGUGACGCAUCUGAAAAGGCCUCAAGAGACCGAUUCGAUUCUUUCAUUUCUCGAGGAAAGUGGUUUUUCGGAUACCCAGCUCGAGCUUGUCAUCAAACGAAUGCCUAGAGUUCUCUCUGCCAAUCUUGAGCGCUCCAUCAAACCCAAAUUCAAGUUUUUUCAAGACUUGGGUUUUUCUUCUAGUGAUGUUGUGGAAAUUGUUUCGUCUCACCCAUGGAUUCUAAAUAGUAGCGUGGAUAAUCGGCUUGGCCCGUCGAUUUCAGCAUUGAAGAGUGUUUUGGGUUCGAAUAUGGAUGUGUCUAGGGUUUUAAGGAAACAUGGGCGGUUAAUGAUGUCUGAUUUGGCAAAGGCUAUGGUACCCAAUAUUGAAUUUAUGAAGAGCUGCGGUAUUAGUUCGUCACAAAUAACCCAGUAUGUGUAUAGUUGCGCAAGAUUUUUCUUCAUUAAACCGACGCAUAUUAGAGAAUGUGUCAAGAGGGUUGAUGAUAUGGGCUUUGACAGGAAGUCUAAGAUGUUUUUUCAGGCGAUCCGGGCUAUUAGUUCCAUGACUAAAGAGAAUUGGGAAUUGAAAUUGGAGCUCUUUAAGAGUUUGGGGUUUUCGGAAGAUGAUGUUUUGUCAGCUUUUAGGAAAGCUCCUCAUGUAUUUAAUCAGUCAGUGAGGAAAAUUAAGGCUACAACACAGCUUCUCCUCAGCACGGGCAAAUUGGAUAUCUCAUUUGUUGUUAAUCAACCAGGAUUACUUGGUUUCAGUGUUGAGAAUAGGCUUAAGCCACGGCUAAGAGUUCUGGAGGUUUUGGAAAGCAGGAAUUUGCUUCUUAAAAGGCCGAGUUUGUCGACUGCAUUCACGUUCACUGAUAAGGAGUUCUUUCAGAAAUUUGUACUCCCUUAUUCAGAUGAAGUUGGCGAAUUAUUCAUGCCUGUUGAAAAUAGAAUUAUGUGCUUAAAAUCAUGA